AUGAGUGACAAGCAAUCGAAUGAGUCAAGCUCCUCCGAGGGAGUGCAGCCCUACGUUCGUGAGGGCCGACAAGAAAGUGUCCAUUCCGGUGAAGAGGAACAAGGUUUGCUGAGAACCAUUUCUGAGUACAAUGACGAGACGGUCACGUCUGGUGAAGCCCGAGAAAACGAACGUGUUCGGGAGGAAGAUUUGGAAAAGGGCAUCAAACCCCCAGGCCCUCCUCCAAAGUACCCUCUGUUUUCGAAGGAGAACAAGGGGAUGAGAAUGAAGGUGAUCAAGCAGUACGUCGUUGUCAUAGUGGCUCUCUGGGUCUUCAUUCUGAGUGUGUGGCCGAUCUAUUGGGGGUCCAUGUACAAGAGAGACGGCAGAUUGGUCAACUUACAUUAUCUAGUUGCCGUGGAAGAGGACCGGGCCGCACCGAUCUCUCAGGCUUUAUACUUGGCAACCCAGCACCCGGAUAUGCAGAAGUUAGCCACAUGGAACUUUGAGUCUAACUUGAGCGAAGCAGACGUCCAAAAAAUGAUCCAUGACCAGAAGUACUGGGCUGCCAUCUACGUUACCCAAAACAACGUUUCCCAGAGUUUGACAGAUGCUUUCACCUCCGCUGAAAACAUUGACACCAGGGAUUUUGUCCGUUCUCUCUAUGAGACGGCCCGUGACCCCUCUACAAUGGAGGGUAUUGUCAGCCCCACUGUUUUCAGAUUUGAGUCUUACUUCCAGGAGGCCCUCCAAACAGAGAUCUAUCCUCCGCUCAUCAAAAAUUUGACCAGCGAACAGUUUGCCAAGCUACAAAACACCAACGUGUUGACGUCUUACCCAAUCAUCCAGUCCACCGAUGCCAUUCCUGUUGAACCAGUCACAAACGGCCCUCUUCAAGUCGGGUUGAUUUACAUUAUCAUUAUCACUUUUUUCGAGGUCAUGUGGAUGGCACAGUUGUACGGCACGGUCGCUAAGUCUGCCAUUACUAUCCACUACAUUCUGUUCAGAAUGCUUCUCUCUCAGUUAAAUUACUUGCUCAUCUCCUUAGCUUUUACUUGCUUGAACGCUGCCUUCCAGAUCAAGAUGGACAACUCCUGGUCAGGCGGGUUCGGUGUCUUCUGGAUGGUGUCGUAUUUGACCAUGGCAGCUGUUGGAGGGGCCAACCAGAACGUCGGUUUGAUUUUGUUUGCAUUCUACAGAUUCACUUACGCUAUGCCAAUUAAGAACGCUUACGAAUUGAUGAAGGUUACUUUGUUUGACACCUCGCGCAAAGAUCUCGGCAGAUAUUUUGGUAUUCUUGUUGCUUGGAUCGUGCUGAACAAUAUACUCUUGCCUUUGUGUAUGGCUUUCUUCUCGUGGACCAUGAAGAAGAAGAUCAUGAAGGAAAUCAAAAGCAAGAACGCCGCUAAGAAAAAUUAA